AAUCGCAGUGCGCAUGCGUGCUUUGAAAAGCUAUUCCUAACCACAAAACCUUUUAAGGAGGAUUCUGGAGUUGGUGAAAGACAGUUGCAAAGCUGUCACUGGAGAAAAAUGCCCAAAUCUGAUAGAAUUAAUGCCAUAAACAACGUCAGUUAACCAGAGAAUACAGAUUUUUGUUUGACAGUGCUGUGCAUUUCAGAAAUUAAAAUGUCUUCGUGGGUCAAAGCAGUCACAGACCAACCCCAUGCACCUGAUCCUGAAAAGAGGCACCGACAGGGAAAGAUCCCACGACUUCUGGACAAAAACCCUUUUGAAAUCAUUAAGAAGAGCUCUUACUCUCCCCCUCAUAAUUAUUUGAAGGACUAUGAAGAUACUAACAGCUUUGAAGAACUCUUUGAGCAGCAGCAUUCAUCAGCAGAGAAUGAAGAUAACUAUGAAAGAUACCACUAUUCUCAGAAAGAUGAUGACUAUACUAAGGAUGCUCGUCGUGAGAAGCUGUACCAGCAGUUCUACCAGAAGGUAGAGAAGGAAUAUGACAAGGGGCGACCUUCCGACUGUGUCAUUGUUUCCUUCAGCAAAGAUCAAGCGGAAUACUCAACAUCCAUAGGCCAUCAGUUGCAGGAUCAUGGCCUUGUGGUGGAAAUGAUAUACCUUACAUCUGAAUCAGGUCUUGCCCGGGCCCUCCAAGACGUCAAAAAUGACGGUUCCCUAUUUUGCAUUCUUGUUGAACCUGCCAAUGUAACCCUUACCUCUUGCACCGUAAUCAUGCUUCACCAGUUUAUCAAAAUACAUCGUAAUAUGCCCAUGGAGGAUUCGUUGGAUCUCAUAACUAAGGAGUUUGAGAAAAUCACUGCGGAGCGCAGCGAACAGGAACACGCCAAGAUUUCUCACAAAGCGGCUGAUUUGGUGGAUGACUACCUAGAGCGGGAGCUUUAUGACAGUUACCGUGUGCCUCUAGCCAUUAGGCAUCUCCUCUUUCUUUUAAGUGAGGGAAAACAUUUAUAUGUGGAAGAAUUGAACUCAUUAAGUGACUACCUGAAGACCAGGAGAAAUAAGCUUGAAGGCUUUGUUGCAGAAGCAAAACCUUUGCCUGCCUCCGCUGAAAAAGCUGCGUACAAACCGAGCGCCAGGCCAAGUACAAGCUCUCUCCCCCAGACUCUCAGCAAACCUCCGCCGCUUCUUCCAAUGCUGGUGCGCAAAUCUGCAUCCGGGUCUUCAGCUAAGACAGCUUUGUCGGGCAAAAGAGCAUUGGGCGCUCUUCUUCCAACACCAGCCCUGUCUGGCCCCAAGGGUAAACCUCCGCCUCUCUUGACAAAGUCUGUGAAAAGGACGAUCCACCUCACUCCUUCCCCUCCCCUUCCACGUCUAUCUGCAAAGCGGCCACUGCUUAGUAGCCGACCAGGGCUGUUGCCAACACCAGCUUCUCUGUCGAAAUCAGCGCACCACCAUUGGGUGCGCAAGCCAAAGUUUCAGGUUUGAUGGGACUCCAGGAUUAAUAACAGAAUGAACUGUCAACCCCGAUGGCAACGACCAUCUUCCAAAACAGCAGAGCGUGACAUAUAUAUGUUGUUCAUACCUCCAGGCAAGCGUAAACAUGCAUCAGUUUUUGUUGUACACAUUCCUGAGAACUUUCUUUUCUUCGUCUCCUUUUUUUUUAACUUGAGUGGAAAAAUAAAAAUACACAUUUGUAGGAGGGUUAGUUUUAGAUUCAUAGUAUUAAUAUGUUUUGAAGCAGUAAAAUCCCCCAAUAAAAGAAUUUAUUUCCAGA